AUGUCGUGCAAAGUUAAACCAAGUCAAUUAGGAUGCAGAAUUCGUAUGCCUAGAAUUGGCCUAGGUACUUGGCGUAUGCAAGAUUCUGAAAAAAAUGAGGAGGCACUUCAUAAAGCCCUAGAAAUUGGCUAUAGGCAUUUAGAUACAGCUUUCAUAUACGGAAAUGAGACUUCAAUGGGAAAAGUAUUAAAAAAGUGGUACUCAGAAGGGCAUUCUAGAGAAGAAGUCUUCAUCACAUCGAAAUUACCACCUUUUGGAUUGAGGAGGGAUGAAGUUGGCAAAUACUUAUGCAUGACUCUAGAAAAACUUCAAACGGACUACAUAGACUUAUACAUUGCCCACAUGCCAUUUGGAUUUUAUCCUCCAAAGAAUUUAACUUUGGAUCCAUCACAAUCUGGUGCUUUAGAUUGGUCUAACGACCCCAAUGAGAAAAUUAAAUGGGAUUACUGUACUGAUCAUGUUGAUAUGUGGAAGGGCUUCGAAAAGCAGUACAAAGCUGGACGAGCUAAAAAUAUAGGAGUUUCAAAUUUUAAUGUGAAACAAUUAGAACGUAUCAUGAACAAUUGCGAAAUUCGCCCUCAUUGCUUGCAAGUCGAGAUGCAUCCAUUUUUGCAACAGCAACAUUUAUCUUGCUAUUGCCGUUGUAAUGAUAUGGUGUUGGUUGGAUAUAGUCCUUUUGCAAGUUUUGGAAAUGCAGUGGCAAAGAAUUUAAAAAGUCCAUUUGACCAUGAAUCAGUUAAAAAAGUUGCCAAAGAAAUUGGCUGCACACCUGCCCAGGCAAUAUUGGCUUUUAUUAUGCACUUGGGGGCAAUUCCAAUACCGAAAACAAAUGAUGAAAAACAAAUGAAAGAAAAUUUCGAAGCACAAAACAUUGAAUUAAAUCUGAAGCAAAUGAGGUUGCUGAAGAAACUUCAUAUUGGAGAAGAAGCCAGAGUAUUUAAUUUUAGGGAAUGGGAUGGCAUUUUAGACCAUCCUGAAUAUCCCUGGAAAUUACCUGAAAGCCUUAGAUGCAAGUCUCAUUCGAAAAAGAGCGGAAAAAAGUCAAAAGCUGGAAAAAAAGAAAAAGCGCCCGAGAAGAAAGCGAAGAAAUAA